UCCUAAAUAUUAUCUCAGCACCUAAACAAUAUAAAAAUUUUUGAUGAGACAACUGGCCUUCUUCCUUCGACAUUUCAGUGUGUGUUUUACACUUAGAACAUAGUUAAUUAGCACUCGCUACGUUUCAAGCGCUCCGUUGCCACAUGCCGGUUAGGGUUUACCACUUGGUUCACGGCAGCAGUGGAGCAGAAGCUCAGGCCCACCCCGGACACUAUAGACGACGCACUUCUGCCGGACGGAACACCUCGGACCGAAAUUGCGGCGGAACGGAAGUUGCGUGUAUGCGCGCGCAGCCGCAGACGGACGAGCCGGGAGCUUGCUAGUCGAGAGGACUACCCACGGCUGGACGCUGGAUUGUAGGGCUACGGAAGCUCCGCUGCUUAUUCGUUUGUGACCUUGGACGAGUCACCUCUCUUCCCCUUGAACCUUAGCUUUGUCACCUGUGAAAAAGUGGAUGAUAGAACCUGCCUCACAGUUGCUCUGAGGAUCAAAUACGGUGAUCUGUGAAAAGCGCCUAGCACCGCCUACCACGUUGUAAUCACCCACUAAAACCAUCAGAAACUUUUUCCAAUGAGUUGUCUGUUCACAUCAAAUGACCAAAAUACUGGAGCUUCAUCUUCAGCUUUAUGUUAAUUCAGACCUUUAUUUGGAUCCCCACCCUUCUGCUUACUGGCUGUGGGAGCUUAGACCGUGGGCUCCUUUAGUGCCAUGCAUCCUUUACAGUGUGCUCUCCGAGCCCAGAGGUGUCUGCGGCGGGGGCCCUUGGCCUCUGUGUCCUGGCUCCUGCUCAGGACCUGCAGGGCACACAGCAGUGUCCCCAACUCUGCAUGUCCCAGUCCAGAGAGGCCGCAGGGGGAUGGAGUUGGGAAGGAUUUCAGCUCCAGGCUGGCCACUGGACCGACUUUUCAGGAUUUUUUAAGAAGUGCUUCAGUUCCUCCAGAGAAACCGUCUUCCUCAGAAGUGGAGGACCCACCCCCGUAUCUCACAGCGGAUGAACUUUUAGGAAGGCAGAGAAGAGUCUACCUUGAGACUUAUGGCUGCCAGAUGAACGUGAAUGACACAGAGAUAGCCUGGUCCAUCUUACAGAAGAGUGGCUACCUGCGGACCAAUAGCCUUCAGGAGGCUGAUGUGAUUCUCCUUGUCACAUGUUCUAUCAGGGAGAAGGCUGAACAGACCAUCUGGAAUCGUUUACAUCAACUCAAAUCCCUGAAGUCCAAACGGCUCCGCUCCCGAGUGCCUCUGAGGAUUGGGAUUCUAGGUUGCAUGGCUGAGAGACUGAAGGAGGAGAUCCUCAACAGGGAGAAAAUGGUGGAUAUUUUGGCUGGCCCAGAUGCCUAUAGGGACCUUCCUCGAUUGCUGGCUGUUGCUGAGUCAGGCCAGCAAGCUGCCAAUGUGCUGCUGUCUCUGGAUGAGACCUAUGCUGACGUCAUGCCAGUCCAGACGAGCCCCAGUGCUACCUCUGCCUUCGUGUCUAUCAUGCGAGGCUGUGACAACAUGUGCAGCUACUGCAUUGUUCCUUUCACACGUGGCCGGGAGAGGAGUCGGCCUAUUGCCUCCAUUCUGGAGGAAGUGAGGAAGCUUUCUGAGCAGGGGCUGAAAGAAGUGACACUCCUUGGUCAGAAUGUUAAUAGUUUUCGGGACAAUUCAGAGGUCCAGUUCAACAGUGCAGUGUCCACCAACCUCAGUCGUGGCUUUUCCACCAACUAUAAAGCCAAGCAAGGAGGCCUUCGCUUUGCUCACCUUCUGGAUCAGGUGUCCAGAAUAGAUCCUGAAAUGAGGAUUCGUUUCACCUCUCCACACCCUAAAGACUUUCCUGAUGAGGUUCUGCAACUGAUUCAUGAGAGGGACAACAUCUGUAAACAGAUCCACCUACCAGCCCAGAGUGGAAGCAGCCGUGUAUUGGAGGCCAUGCGGAGGGGGUAUUCAAGAGAAGCUUAUGUGGAAUUAAUUCAGCAUAUCAGAGAGUCUAUCCCAGGUGUGAGCCUCAGCAGUGAUUUCAUUGCUGGCUUUUGUGGUGAGACGGAGGAAGAUCACCUUCAGACAGUGUCUUUGCUUCGGGAAGUUCAGUACAACAUAGGCUUCCUCUUUGCCUAUAGCAUGAGACAGAAGACACGAGCAUAUCACAGGCUGAAGGAUGAUAUUCCGGAAGAGGUAAAAUUAAGGCGUUUGGAGGAACUUAUCACUGUCUUCCGAGAAGAAGCAACAAAAGCCAACAAAUCCUUUGUGGGUUGUACCCAACUGGUGCUGGUGGAGGGGCCCAGUAAACGCUCUGCUACUGACCUGUGUGGCCGGAAUGAUGGAAACCUUAAGGUGAUAUUUCCUGAUGUAGAGGUGGAGGAUGUCACCGACUCUGGGCUCAGGGUCCGAGCUCAGCCUGGGGACUAUGUGCUGGUGAAGGAGAUGCGGCAGCCUUUGAGUUCUGCUAAUCCAGGAUCCAUGGGAGGUGUUUCACGCAGAUGUGGUUUAUCGGGCUGGACACAAGGAUGUAGUUGUUCUCAAGCUCUCAGUGAUUUGACCUGCUGAUUCUUGAAGGGUAGGGCCCUUUCAAGCCUGGCUGAGACUUAGCCCCACAGGAGGCUGGGUAAGUGCCAGCCCUUGAUGGCUUCUAUGUGAAGAUGUCACAAUGAACCAGGUCAAGUUGGGGGCAUCCUGUUUCCCAUUGUCUCUCUCUCUCUAAAUUCAUUUUGGUAUGAGUUAUUUUUUCUGGGGUUUUCAUUUAUGACACUGGAUUUAGUGUUUUUUAGACCCCAGUUCUGAUGCUAAUGCUGUAACCUCCCUGUUUUCUCUACUGGAUCCUAGGAGUCAGGUACUAGAGGAGAGAAGAGGGGUAGAAUGACUGUAAGGCAGGACUAUAUGGGCAAACGUUACCUUUGAUUCUUGGUAUGUUGUCUUUUCCUUGCUACUCUGUUAUAAACAUUUCCAGGGAUUUCCCUGGUGGUCCAGUGUUAAGAAUCCACCUUCCAAUGGUCAGAAAACUGAGAUGCCUUGGGACAACUAAGCCUGUGUGCUGCAACUUCUGAGCCUCUGCAUUGCAA